GUUUCUCUUUAGUUGAAAAAAAAAAGAGGAAACAGCGAAACAGGUUGCUUUUUCUUCGUUAGGGUUUUCGCUUCUCCAGGGUAUAUUUCUCACGAUUCUCUUGCGGUCAUCUCUUUCACGUCGAUCUUCUAUCAUCUGAGGCGAUGUCGCUGAGGCCAAAUGCGCGAGCGGAGGUCCGCCGAAAUAAGUACAAAGUGGCGGUGGACGCGGAGGAGGGCCGGCGGCGGAGGGAGGACAACAUGGUCGAGAUCCGGAAGAACAAGCGGGAGGAGAAUCUCCAGAAAAAGCGCCGCGAAGGCAUGCAAGUUCAGCCUUUCCCCUCAUCUGUCCAAACCUCAACUGUGGAGAAAAAGCUAGAGAGUCUUCCGGCUAUGGUAUCCGGGGUUUACUCGGAAGAAAGCUCCUUGCAGCUCGAAGCAACCACACAGUUUCGUAAAUUACUGUCAAUAGAACGCAGCCCCCCUAUCGAAGAGGUUAUCCAGUCUGGUGUUGUUCCACGGUUUGUUGAGUUUCUUACAAGGGAUGACUUUCCACAACUUCAGUUUGAAGCUGCUUGGGCACUCACCAACAUUGCCUCUGGGACCUCCGAUAAUACCAAAGUUGUGAUAGAGCAUGGGGCUGUCCCUAUAUUUGUUAAGCUUCUUGGUUCGCCCAGUGAUGAUGUGCGAGAACAGGCUGUAUGGGCAUUGGGUAAUGUUGCUGGUGAUUCUCCGAAGUGUCGGGAUCUUGUUCUUGCCAAUGGUGCAUUGAUGCCACUGCUGGCACAGCUGAAUGACCAUGCUAAGCUCUCCAUGCUUAGGAAUGCCACAUGGACGUUAUCAAAUUUUUGCAGGGGGAAACCACAACCCAACUUUGAGCAGACAAAGCCUGCUCUCCCUGCACUUAAACAUCUCAUCCAUUCAACUGAUGAGGAAGUCCUCACUGAUGCAUGCUGGGCUCUCUCUUAUCUUUCUGAUGGCACAAAUGACAAAAUCCAAUCUGUAAUUGAAGCCGAAGUUGUACCUCGGCUGGUCGAGCUUCUUUUCCAUCCGUCACCUUCAGUGCUAAUCCCUGCGCUUCGAACUGUUGGGAACAUUGUCACUGGAGAUGAUAUACAGACACAGUAUGUCAUCGGCAACGGUGCUCUUCCAUACCUUCUGAAUCUACUGACACAGAGUUAUAAGAAAAGCAUUAAGAAGGAAGCUUGUUGGACUAUCUCAAACAUAACUGCUGGAAAUAAGGAGCAAAUACAGGCCGUGAUUGAGGCUAAUAUUAUUGGUCCUCUGGUAGAUUUGCUUCAAAAUGCGGAGUUUGAUAUUAAGAAAGAGGCGGCAUGGGCCAUCUCAAAUGCCACUUCUGGGGGUACCCAUGAUCAAAUAAAGUUUCUAGUUGGCCAGGGGUGCAUAAAGCCCUUGUGUGAUCUUCUUGUCUGCCCAGACCCCAGAAUCGUGACAGUCUGCUUGGAGGGCCUCGAGAACAUCCUGAAAGUUGGCGAGGCUGAGAAAAACCUUGGAACCACUGGAGGGGUGAACCUCUAUGCUCAGAUGAUUGAUGAAGCUGAAGGCCUAGACAAGAUUGAAAAUCUCCAGAGCCAUGACAACACUGAGAUUUACGAGAAAGCUGUAAAGAUAUUGGAGACUUACUGGUUGGAAGAGGAGGAUGAAGCCAUGCCUGCUGGCGAUACUGCUCAAACCGGAUUCAACUUUGGAGCUAAUGAACAGUUCUCCGUCCCUUCCGGUGGAUUCAAAUUUGGCUAGAGGGGUGGCUUCUCGUGCCAAGUUUCCUAAGAUAUCUCAGCUCGGUGUGGGUGCGUCCAGUCAUGUCGGUCACGGUCCAGUCGGUUUAUCUGUCCUGGCGUCCAGUUUGUUGUGGUCGGGUUAUGCAGGAUGGGCGUCAAUAAACGUUUUUGGGGAGGUUGGGCUCAUCCUGGAGCUUUCUGUUUCUAUGGUGAGGAGUUUCAGAUGUGUGAUCUGAUGUAAUAUUUUGAGCUUAGCAUCUUCUCUUCACCCUUGGUAACUGCCUGAUAUUAUUUUUAAGAUUAUUUUUAGAUUUUAUAGGCGGACUAUUAUGUUCUGGUUUGUUGAUUCUAGUACAGUGUUUUGUAUUACUCUUUAUUAUGCAUAAAGCAAGAAUUUAUUCGGAUGUUUUUGGGAUC